AUGCAUUGGCGGCAGGCAGAGCCUGCUGGCGACCGAGCCGUCGAUAUUAUGCAGUGCAACCCCCGAGACGGUCGAUGGAGCGGCAGACGGAGAAGCAUGCCGAGCGAUGGAUCCCGAGAUUAUUUUCUGUUCACAACGGGCACUGUGCUUAUCCUGUGGGUCUCGGAUGCCCCCGAUCAGGAGCGGGUCCCCGGCCCACGGGGAAGCGAGACACGGCUCCAUGGCGGACUUGAUCCCGUACAGUGCGUCGAAAGCCAAGAAAGCCGGCGGCUUAUUUCCUUAAAAGUUACUUCGUCCCUCCCUACCCAACAAGGAGAGGAUGCCGUGAGGCCGUAUUCGGCUCCUGGCAACGACUUUGAUGGUUUGGUGGAUGGAGCUCGCCGCUUGUUCGCCAAAACCCAAAACGGAGACGAAGGAAUCUCCUGCCGGGACUCCACCCGUUACCAGAGACAUGGUCGAAUUCCCAAGGACGCGGAGACGACAACCCAGCCGAGCCCAGUACCAUGUUUUUCCGCUCGCCUUGAUGCGCGCCCUCGCCAGUGGCUUGAGUGGGCAACAGCACAAGACCAAGCGAACAAAGAGGCGACGCCCCGGCCAAUGAUCGAGAUGCAGGACCCGCGAUCAGCAAGAUCCGUGGAUCCAAGAUGGCCCCCGGCAACCCUGCCGUGUUCGCCGCCCAGGUGCAGAUAA